CUACAGUGACAUGAUCAGACUGAAUCCGUCUCCUCCUCCUCCAUUGGUAUCUGAGGAGCCAUCGCCAUCCUCACCCAGCCCAGUCCACAAUGACCAGUGGGACCAGGAGGCUGAUAGGGCCCGUCGUCUCAACCCUGUCCACUACGACCUUGAGGCCAAACUGGGAUCGAGGCGAGGCGGGUACACUGACCACCUCCAGGCCCACUUCGUCUGCCAGUAUGUCUAAGACCCCAUCCACCACGUCUGCAGCCUCUGUAACCUCGGCAACGUCUGUAGCCUCUGUAACCUCGGCAACGUCUGCAGCCUCUACAGACAGCAAAGGUGGUAAAUCCUCCCAGAAGUCCUCAGCCUCGGGUUCGGAGUCGGCUCCCAAGAAGGUGUCUAAGAAAGAGCAGAAGAGACAGGACAUGGAGAAGAUACACACCACCCUGCUCUGCAGCGUGUUUGGAGCAGAGAGAGAGUUGGCUCAAGCUGAGUUGGAUGAGCUGGACUUUGCCUUCAAGGAGUUUGACUACGACUGCGACGGCUACCUGAACUACAAGGACGUGGCAGAGUGCAUGAGGACCAUGGGCUACAUGCCCACUGAGAUGGAGCUUCUGGAAAUAGUACAACAGAUUAAGAUGAGGAUGGGUGGUCUGAUGGACUUUGAUGACUUCUGUGAGCUAAUGGGUCCCAGGAUAAUGGGGGAGACUGUUGACAUGCUGGGGCUGAAGGAGCUCAGAUCAGCCUUCUCUCAGUUUGACCAAGACUGUGAUGGGAAAAUCAGUCAGGAUGAGAUGAAGGAAGCGGUGAAGUGUUUUCUGGGGGAGAAACUGAAGAAAGGAGAGCUGGAAGAUAUCCUCAAGGAGAUUGACAUCAAUGGAGAUGGAAGCGUCGACUUUGACGAGUUCGUCAUGAUUCUGUCCAUUCGAUAAGCGCUGGAAGACCUGAGAGGACGCUAUAUCGUUUUAAUGAAUCUUGUUAGACUAAGACGAGAUAACAUUGUAUGUGUGCAUCUGUGUGUACUACUACACAUGUACUACCGUUUAAAAGUUUGGGGUCACUUAGAAAUGUACUUGUUUUUGAAAGAAAAGCAAUUUUUUUGUCCAUUAAAAUAACAUGAAAUUGAUCAGAAAUAGAGUGUAGACAUUGUUGAUGUUGUAAAUGACUUUUGUAGCUGGAAACGGCUGAUUUUUAAUGGAAUAUCUACAUACACGUACAGAGACGUACAGAGGCCCAUUAUCAGCAACCAUCACUCCUGUGUUCCAAUGGCACGUUGUGUUAGCUAAUCUAAGUUUAUCAUUGUAAAAAGCUAAUUGAUCAUUAGAAAAACCUUUUGUAAUUAUGUUAGCACAGCUGAAAACUGUUGUUCUGAUUAAAGAAGUAAUACAAUUGGCCUUCUUUAGACUAGUUGAGUAUCUGGAGCGUCAGCAUUUGUGGGUUCAAUUACAGGCACAGAAUCGCCAGAAACAAUAACUUUCAUCUGAAACUCGUCAGUCUAUUCUUGUUCUGAGAAAUGAAUGCCAUUCCAUGCGAGAAAUUUCCAAGAAACUGAAGAUCUCGUACAACGCUGUGGACUACUCCCUUCACAGAACAGUGCAAACUGACUCUAACCAGAAUAGAAAGAGGAGUGGGAGGCCCCGGUGCACAACUGAGAAAGAGGACAAGUACAUUAGAGUGUCUAGUUUGAGAAACAGAUCCCUCCCAAGUCCUCAACUGGCAGCUUCAUUAAAUAGUACCCAAAAAACACCAGUCUCAACGUCAACAGUGAAGAGGCGACUCCGGGAUGCUGGCCUUCUAGGCAGAGUUGCAAAGAAAAAGCCAUAUCCAGACUGGCCAAUAAAAAGAAAAGAUUAAGAUGGGCAAAAUAACACAGACACUGGACUGAGGAACUGAGACUGGUGUUUUACGGGUACUAUUUAAUGUAGCUGCCAGUUGAGGACUUGAGGUGUCUGUUUCUCAAACUAGACACUAAUGUACUUGUCCUCAUGCUCAGUUGUGCACCGUGGCCUCCCACUCUUUCUAUUCUGGUUAGAGUCAGUUUGCGCUGUUCUGUGAAGGGAUUAGUACACAGCGUUGUAUGAGAUCUUCAGUUUCAUGGCAAUUUCUCACAUGAAAUAGCCUUCAUUUCUCAGAACAAGAAUAGACUGACGAGUUUCAAAAUAAAGUUAUUUGUUUCUGGCCAUUUUGAUCCUGUAAUCAAACCCACAAAUGCUAAUGCUCCAGAUACUCAACUAGUUUAAAGAAGGCCAGUUUUAUUGCUUCUUUAAUCAGAACAGCAGUUUUCAGCUGUACCAACAUAAUUGCAAAAGGGGUUUCUAAUGAUCGAUUGGCCUUUUAAAAUAAUACAAGAUCAUAUCCAUGCCUAAUGAUGUAAUGUGUAUAUCAGAUCUAAGGAUGAGAUGUACUCCUCCCCAUCCUCUCUUCUCUUCUCACCACUCCUGCUCCCCAUCCUCUCCUGCUCCCCAUCCUCUGUUUCUCCCAUCCUCUCCUGCUCCCCAUCCUCUGUUCCUCCCAUCCUCUCCUGCUCCCCAUCCUCUGUUCCUCCCAACCUCUCCUGUUCUCUCCUCUAUACCCAGUCACUGAGAAAAGACAUGAAGGUGCACGUUGGGAAAGAGUGAACUUUAAUGUAUUUGGGUUAUUUAUCUAUUUAUUGACACUGAUGUGAUAUGACAUGUAGAUAAGUUACCAUAUUGCUAUUUUAAUAAAGACUUUGAAUUUCA